UGCCGCGGCUCCCCGCGUCCUACUGCUUUGGUCUCUCACAAGUCUCUCACAUAUUGUCUGGCAAAGUUCACAUUCAGGCUUCUCUACAGUAUCGGGAACCUCGUGCUACUGCUCGCGAGCACUGGCAUGUAACAGAUAUGAGGUGCUCCUACAUGCGCUAUCUCCACCUGGCACCGUAUCACACUGCACCAUGACUGAAGGCGAACGCAAGCUCUACCAGCCUGUUCACCCCGAAACUCUUGCCAAGCUUGACCCUGAGUUUGCGUCCUUUUGGACUGCUCAUCAUGCCCAUGUUAUCCCACUGGAACAACAAUCUUGGAACCCUGCGUGCCGGAAUGUCCAUGUCAUUGGUGCCUCGGAGCCCCCGAAGGUGGGCAAGAUCGAGGACGUACAACUGGAUAACUUCGAUGUCCGUGUAUUCACCCCGGAGGGAGACGCUCCAGAGAGAGGCUGGCCUGUGUUCGUCUAUUUUCACGGAGGCGGUUGGACGCUAGGUACAAUCGCAACUGGCAACGCAUUCGCCGCAAAUGCGUGCAAGCGUGCGAAUUGCGUAGUGGUAUCAGUGAACUAUCGUCUUGCUCCUGAGAACCCAUAUCCCGCCGCCGUCGAAGAUUCAGUCGAAGCGCUACACUGGGUGUAUAAGCAUGGCAAGUCUCGCCUGAACGCAGACGUAGCGAAGAUAGCGGUCGGCGGCUCAUCCAGUGGCGGUAACCUAGCAGCAGUGCUUGCUCUCGAGGCUGCUCAGGCGGAGCCUCCCAUUCCGCUUGUUCUGCAACUACUGAUUGUUCCAGUCAUUGACAACACCGCGUCUCCCUCGGGUGUGCCCUUCGGGUCGUGGGCGGAGAACAAGAAUACCGUGCAGUUGACGCCAGCGCGCAUGCUCUGGUUCCGCGACCAAUACCUGCCGAACCAGGCUGAUCGCGCAGCUUGGAGGAGCUCGCCCAUCUUUGCCCCUGAUGAGGUGUUCUCGAGGUUGCCGAAGGCGUGCGUGAUGGUUAUGGAGCUCGAUAUCCUCAGGGACGAGGGCGUUGUGUACGCAGAGAAGAUGAAGCGUGCUGGGGUCGAAGUAGAAGUGAAGUUGUACAAAGCUGCACCUCACCCGAUCAUCUCGUUGGAUGCGUCCUGCAAAUCGGCAAACGUGCAGUCGCAGAUGCCAUCGAGGCACUGGCGCAGGCUUUCGGCACAGUGUAGAAGGUGUUAUCCACCUGUCAUGCAAUGUAUGGUUCGUAAGGUCAGCUGCUAGUGUUUCAUGAUGUAUCUCAUACAGUACACACCGAUGGACGGUUGUAUGAUCUAUCUCCGUAUGUCAUUCUCAGUUCGGGAAGUCACACUUCCCGCGACGGAUCGCCAAUCAGGAUGAUACCAUACAACCAUCAUGCAUACGAUCUAUGUGGCACGCGAUUUCAACCUGACCUUUGACGGCUAGAAUUUUGAAUCCGGAUGCAGCAACGGCGUCAACUCGGCGUACUACUAAUUUCGGGGGCCUUUAUCUACGCCGUACGUCGCGUAGCGAAUAUAGACCACUCGGACGCCGA